AGGUGCAUUUCGCCGCAGGAUAUUCACAAUGCAUGCUGCGCAGGUCCAAGUACAAUUUGAACUCAUUGGCGCAUGACGCCACAAUACAGCUUAUAAGGGAUGCUCUGGGCAGAGGAAUCAACUUAAAGAGGGUGUUUAUAGAUACGGUGGGUCCUCCUGCAUCGUAUCAGAAGAAGCUGGAGGGGUUGUUUCCGGGCAUUCAGAUCACGGUCGCUAAAAAGGCUGAUUCGCUGUACCCUAUCGUCAGUGCCGCCAGUAUCUGCGCCAAGGUCACCAGAGACGCCCACCUGUCUCGCUGGGUGUUUGCCGAAUCGAAGUUGCAAAAUAGUAUGUCCAGCGUGUAUGGAUCAGGGUGGCUGAAGGAGUCGCUCGACCAGGUUUUUGGGUACCCCGGAAUCAUUCGCUUUAGCUGGUCCACCUGCGCAAGGAUCCUCCUGGAGCAGGCCGUCGUUGUCGUGUGGGCCGACGACGAGGAUGCCCCGAACAACGCCAGCCUCGUCAAGUACUUUUCCCAGGCCAAGGCAUCGUCCGCCGCCGCCGCCGCCGCCGGCAGUGAUAAUCAGCGC